UUCUGUGCAAGCCGCAGUUGAGUCAAUUCCGCGCAUUUCAUAGUCUUCACAUUUCCAACAGCCCUUGAACGCAGCCAUCCCCUUGACUGGUUCUCAGCAUGGAAAGAAAAGUACUGGCAAUUCAAGCACGGAAGAAAAGGACAAGGCCCAGAAAACCAGGCAAAAAACCAGAGACUCAUGGUCGUGGGGGUGGCUCUCAGCAGGGUCAGCCAGAGUCUCCCGUUCCAGAGCAGGAUGAGGAGAUCCUGGGCUCUGAUGAUGAUGAGCAGGAGGAUCCCAAUGAUUACUGCAGGGGUGGAUAUCACCAUGUGAAGAUCGGAGAUCUGUUCAGUGGGCGAUAUCAUGUAAUCCGUAAACUGGGCUGGGGGCACUUCUCCACUGUGUGGCUGGCCUGGGACAUCCAGGAGAAGCGCUUUGUUGCCAUGAAGGUUGUAAAAAGUGCUGAGCAUUACACUGAGACAGCCCUGGAUGAAAUCAAACUGCUCAAAUCUGUUAGAAACACUGAUCCCAGAGACCCCAACAGAGAGAAAGUGGUGCAGAUGCUGGAUGACUUCAAAAUUUCUGGCAUGAAUGGAACCCAUGUGUGUAUGGUGUUUGAGGUUCUGGGCUAUCACCUCCUGAAGUGGAUUAUAAAGUCCAAUUAUCAAGGCUUGCCAUUACCCUGCGUGAAAAGCAUCAUACGACAGGUUCUUCAGGGCUUGGAAUACCUCCAUACCAAGUGUAAGAUCAUCCACACAGACAUCAAACCAGAGAACAUUCUUCUGACGGUCAACGAGCCGUACAUCAAGAAGAUGGCUGCUGAAGCCACUCAGUGGCAGAAGUCUGGAGCUCCGCCUCCUUCUGGAUCUGCAGUGAGUACAGCGCCAGCACCCAAACCAAUGGCCAAAAUGUCAAAGAACAAAAAGAAAAAGAUGAAGAAGAAGCAAAAGAAGCAAGCAGAACUCCUGGAGAAGAGGAUCCAGGAGAUGGAGGGAGGGGCUUUACCUGAAGGUGGAGAGGAAGAGGAUGAGGAGGAGGCAACAGAGACCACUGAAGAUACAAGUUCCUCGGCUACCCUCUCUAUGUCUGCCACACUGCAAGACAUAGCUAUCCAUUCUAGCACAGAUUCAACUCCUGAUGAGCAGCCUCGACACCCUCCUCAGCCAAAUGAACGAAGAGAGGACACAGCACAGGAGAACAAGAUGGAAGUCAACUGCAAUGGCCACAGCUCCUCACAGGAUAGCAAGGCUAGUUUAGAGGCACAAGAGACCAAGCAGUCUGCAGAGGAGCAGGAGGACCAACAGAACGCAAACCAAGCAGAAAACGACACAGAAGCCCAGGACACAUUACAUAAGAAAGAGGAGCAGCAGACCUGUAACGCCUCACACCAAGAAGCAGACCCCGCCCUGCAGCAGCCCCCUGCCUCCCUCAGCUCAGAUGUCACCGUGGAGCCAGAGGAGGAAGAAAAAGCUGAAAAAAGGCCAGAGCACAUGGACACUCAAAGAGAGAUGCAAAAAGGGAAUGAAGAGGACAUCCAAAGCGAUUCAGCUGGGAGUUUGUUAGUAAACCCUCUGGAGGCCCUGAAUGCUGAGAAGCUGCAGGUUAAGAUCGCUGACCUAGGCAAUGCCUGCUGGGUGCACAAACAUUUCACAGAUGACAUCCAGACGCGGCAGUACCGUUCUCUUGAGGUACUGAUUGGCUCUGGCUACAGCACUCCAGCUGACAUCUGGAGCACAGCCUGCAUGGCAUUUGAACUUGCAACUGGAGAUUACCUGUUUGAGCCACACUCUGGAGAAGACUACUCCAGAGAUGAAGAUCACAUAGCGCUGAUCAUCGAACUGCUGGGUAAAGUUCCUCGGAAGCUGAUCAUAGCUGGCAAAUAUUCAAAGGAGUUUUUUACAAAGAAAGGCGACCUGCGUCACAUCACCAAGCUGAAACCGUGGGGCCUGUUUGACGUCUUGGUUGAAAAGUACGAAUGGUCCAAAGAGGAGGCUCACUCUUUCAGCAGCUUCCUGCUGCCCAUGCUGGACCUGGUGCCUGAAAGGAGGGCUACCGCGGCCCAGUGCCUCUCCCAUCCAUGGCUCACAUCCUAGAGACCACCAGGCCGCACUCUGCUACUCCUCAUGAUGGGCCAGGAUCAUUUAUGAUUGAAGACCCGGAAUUUCCAAACGUACCACAAACACAUUCAUGUCUGCCAGAGCUUGGUUGUCCUGCACCACACUGUGACGUGUCAGCUCGCCUACACGCCUCCAAAUAACCUAGAGAUGGACUGUGUUCUGUGUCCUCUUAUGGAUUUCACUGUUUAUAGAAGGAGCUUAAGGUUUUUCUCCCUGUAUUUAUGGCUCUUUUUUUACUUGCUGCAUAGAACAAAUCAAUCUUGCUUCUCCGCUACACAUUAAUCGUUUAAGAAUGAAAGUAAAAUCACUUUUUCUACAAAAACACGAGGCAAAAUUCCAACAGAAAACAAAACUUUGCCGUCAAAUCCACAUGGUGUUAAGAUGCAGUUAUUGAAAUUGCCAGUCAUGAUUGUGCCAGCUUUUCCUCAUUUGUCUUUAAAGUGUAUGCUCAGAGCUAACUGCUGCACAGUGCUGAAAGCUCACAGCAACUAGGGAUCUUUAAAAUGCUCUCAAGCUCCAUUUUCUCACCGCCAACAAUAAAAAAUUUAUAAAUAAAUAAAAUAAAACAACAACUCCUUACCUUUCAUAUAUUUCUAUAAAAGGAAGUGCCACUAGGUGAGAAAGCAUACACUUCAGACAUAAGAGAGAGUCAUCAAAAUCACGCUGUUUGGGGGUUUUUUGGUCAUGGUUUAUGUUCAGUUUAUGCAUUAUUUCUUGUUUUAUAGGGGAAGAAAACUUUUGGUACGGCACAAAUUCUUAUUCUUUCUCCAUUUGAUGCAGUUGGCAGACAAAACACAUUGUUGCGGUUUUACAUCUCAAUUCCUUUUCCAGGUUAGUCUUAGUUAGUCUAUCCCCCACACUAAGAGUAAAACCAGUCCAUGUGUAGGUCCUCCCCUUAUGUGCCGGGUACCAAAGAGCUGAUCUGUAAGCAGUUUCUUAAAAUGACACAAUCUGAAGGGCUGAGAACAAAAUCUUCAACAGUCUUUGGAAUAGAUUAGAUCCUAAUCGGAUACAUUUUUUAAAAGUAUGCAAUACUUUCUGCUUUACAUGGAUAGUGGAAAACAAAUUAUACCGUUUACAGAAACUUAAAAAAGGAAUCCCCUCAUACCAAUAUGCUUAGUUUUUUUUCUUUUUUUUU